CAAAACAUUUCUCAUGAGUACCCUACAAAAUAAUUUUUUCAGUUCCAAGUAUGGCGUUCCAGAUUUUUGACCCAUAUAUCAACAUCGAUGAACCACAAGCAAGUGAUUUCUCGGACGAUGAUGCGGAACCAAGGCCCAUCAACUUAAAAGAGGUGGAGGAAAGUAUUGAAAAAUCCGCAAACAAUCUGCCGAAGGACGGAGCAAAGUUCAGUUCAACUAUUGUACGGGAACUGGCCUUGAAGAUCCUAGAAAGGGAACUUAGAGCCGCUAAGUAUGAAGCUCGCAAGUGUAAAGUUUUAUCCAUGGAUAUAAGCGAGAAAAUUCGAGACGAGGUGAAAAGGCUUGCAUAUGACCGAUACAAGAUUAUAGCUUUUGUGACAAUUGGUUCGGUACACGGGCAAGGGCUUUUAGUGUCGAGUAGAUGUUUGUGGUUUCCUCUAACAGACGGAUCUGCCACUGCCGUGUUCACCAACGCAUCCCUAUUUGCUGUAGCUACGAUAUUUGGGAUUUAUUUGGAGUAGGACACAGACGAAUCUGCUACUGCAAUUUUCACUUCUAUAGCUCAACCCUAUUUGCUAUAGCUACGAUAUUUGGGAUUUAUGUGGAUCUUAUGUGUACACUAGGCUUAGUGGUUUUACAAAACGUUUUUUAAGCAGGCCAUCACAUCCUAUUAAAACAAAAUCACCUAUUAGGAACCAUAGUUUACAGUACUGCUAUCACACUUUCGUCAAAAUGGUUCUUUUGUAGACCUACAAAAUGAAUAUGGCGCGACACUUUUAUGAUAUACCCAAGUAAUAGUUGUUGUAUUCCCAAAACCUUUUCGUGUUUUAUAACAUUUAUACGUAGUCCUCCUUUUGUUCUGAGAUGAUCUCAAUUACCUUGUGAGAUAUUCUGACUGUGGCCGUGUCUCAUCACGCGGGCUUUAUGUCAGUAAUCAUACAAAAAUGACUCGUGUUAUGUUCAGGAAAAAAUAUAGAGAUAAUCACCGCCUAAAAGCGGAGCACCAGUC